UUCCAUGGAUGAGAGUGGUUCGGUUUAUAUACGCUCGACACGAACCGGGACGGCGGAAUAUCGAGAGAUGCAAUGAACUUGGAAUACGGAAUAUAACGAAUUUUCUAUUUUCCAAUUUGUAAAUCGAAGUAAAAGCGGUUUAACAUUUAGUUGUUGUCGUUUGCAGGUCAAGAUGUUGCAGCAGAUUCUACGAGAUUUGUACGUGGAUCCGGUGAUCCUCUCCGGGUUGGACGAGCAGCAGAAGCAGACGCUGUUUUGCAAGAUGCGCGAGGAGCAGGUCAGACGUUGGAGGAUGUGGGACGAGAAGCAGCGAGACGAUGCGCCGAAGACGUCGAGGAAGAGCAAGAAGUCGGUGUCCUUUCUGAAAGCUUCAGACGGGGAGCCUUGGGUGUGGGUGAUGGGAGAGCAUCAGAACGAUAAAUCCAUAGAGGAGAUCCUGAAGGAGGAGACGCUGGAGAAGGCGAGGAAAUUGGCGGAGCGAGAGGCGGAAGAGCUGAGGAAACACGUCGAGGCGGAACUGAAGUACAUUGAGAUGACUCCGAAAAUCGAGGACAUGACGCCGCAGAUCCAGGAGGACAUCUACUGUUCCGUCGACGAGCUGAGGGAGAAGAUCAACAAACCGCCUAUGGUGAUCAACAAGAACAUCAACAAUUACACCCUGACGCAUUACCAGAACAACAAGAUGAAGUUCAACAACGUUAUGGAUAAGAGGGGCGUGCUGAGCAAUCAGAAGGUGUCGCAGAAGGUUGCGCUGUGGGAGAAAAGACUGACGGAGGAGAGGACCUGCGAGAUCCUGCAGAAGAUCAACAGGAAACGGAUGGAAGCUGCGCGGGAAGCGGAGGAGGCGGAGAUCAAGCAGGAGAUUCUGUGGAAGGAGCAAGAGAGGAAAGCGAAAGAGGCCGAGCUGCAGAUCAGGGAGAUCGCGAGGAGAGCCAGGGAAGAGCAUCGCUUGACUUCAUGCAAAUUGGAAUUGGAUUCUGCAUAUAGCGCAGUUGCAACAGGAGUUCCUCCAACACGACAGGCCGUUUUGGAUUGGUACAAGAGCAGCGAGGUUCCGAGGAGGGCAGGACUCGACGUCCAAGGCAACGUCGAGUCCUGGUUUCAUGGAUUGAUCACGAGGGCGGAAGCUGAAAGGUUGCUGCAGGAGAGGAGCGACGGCAGUUUCCUGGUGCGACUGUCGGAGAAGGUCUGGGGCUACGCCAUCUCUUACAGAGCCACCGACAAGUGCAAGCAUUACUUGAUCAACGCAGGACAGAGCUACAGCUUUGCGGGUAGCAAUCAGAUCGAGCACAAAACUUUAGGUGACCUGAUAGAAUACCAUAGAAGCUGUCCACUUUCUGGAGGAGAGAAGCUGCAGGAGGCUUGUCCGAAGGCUAAAGACGCGAGUCGAGUUUCAGAUCUCUUCGGAUAAACUGAGCCAAAACCAAAAACGAAAAGCCUAAAGAAGAAAAAAGUUAAUUAAAAACAAACGUAGGAUGUGUUUGUUGUUAUUGGUGGAUGUGAUCGAAUCCGGAAAUAUCAAUAUAUUUAUUGUUGUCUUAAGCUCUAACCAGGAAAGAAAGAGGCCAAAUCUUUUGAUUUUACUGUUUCAUCAUCAUCAUCGCUAAUAAUACGAUUUUCUUUUGUUUUUGUACACAUUUAUAUAAUAAUUAUUAUCUCGUAGGUAUCAUCAAACAAAAGAGUUCCGCGAAUAUACUGUAUAUUGUUUUGUUUUUUUUUCUUUUAAGUGAUAUUUAAUUUAGAAUCUUUAGUUUAGUUUCUCUCUUUUUAUACAUUAAAAUAUAAGUUUUUUUCUUUUUGAUACUGAGGAUGUUUUGGUGCUGAUCGUUAAUUAUUAGUUCACUUUUUUUUUUGUAUACUGUAAUAUUUUAAUGCGUCUAUGAUAAUGAUUAUUCACGUUUUCGCUUACGAUUCUUUGUAAAUGGAAAUCCGAGGAAAAAUAUUAAGUUGAAAAAGUUA